UAGUGCCGAUGGUGAAUAGUGACUGGCUGCGGCAACGGGAGAGGAGGAGCACAGAAGCCGCGGAAGAAGAGAGCUAGCAGUGGUAGCUAGUACAGCGGAGGUUUGGGAUUCGGAUUUUACCUUUUUACUCUGACUUGCAUAUACACAGCUCCCUAAAACAGAGCGGGGUUGGGAAAAUAAAGUGAAAAUGGCGGCCGCGGCCUCGCCGGGCUCCUGCUCGUCCACCUCCUCAGACUGGGUUGUGCUGAGAGACGGUUGCCUGCGUUGCGACGAGGAGGGCCUGCGAAGCCUCUCCUACCAUCCGGCCCUCAACGCUAUCCUGGCCGUCACCAGCCGGGGAAGUAUCAAAGUAAUCGACGGCACCUCUGGUGCUAUACUGCAGGCAUCGGCUUUGCAUGCUAAGCCCGGUGGCCGGGUGAGGUGUCAGUACUUCCCGGCGGUGGACAAGGUGUUGUUUGUGGACGACUACGCGGUGGGCUGCCGCAAGGACCUGAAUGGCAUCCUGCUGCUGGACACGGCGCUGCAGGCGCCCGUCUCCAAACCAGAGGACAUGGUCCAGCUGGAGCUGCCCGUCACAGAGGCGCAGCAGCUGCUCUCCGCAUGUGUGGAGAAGGUGGACGUGUCCAACACGGAGGGGUACGACCUGUUCCUCACGCAGCUCAAGGAGGGCCUCAAGAGCACCUCGCACGAGACCGCAGCCAACCACAAAGUGGCCAAGUGGGCGACGGUGACCUUCCAUCUUCCACACCACGUGAUCAAGGUGGUGGCCAGCGCCAUCGUGAACGAGCUGAAGAAGAUGAACCAGAACGUGGCUGCCUUGUCCGUGGCCUCGUCCAUCAUGGACAGGCUCUCCUACCUCUUACCGAGCGGCCGGCCGGAGCUGGGCGUGGGGCCUGGGCGCUCAGUGGAUAGAUCCUUGAUGUACAGUGAGGCAAACAGGAGAGAAACGUUCACCUCGUGGCCCCACGCUGGCUACCGCUGGGCACAGCCAGACCCCAUGGCCCAGGCUGGCUUCUACCACCAGCCUGCCUCCACGGGAGAUGACCGGGCCAUGUGCUUCACCUGUAGCGUGUGCCUGGUGUGCUGGGAGCCCACAGAUGAGCCGUGGUCGGAACAUGAGCGACAUUCCCCCAACUGUCCGUUUGUGAAGGGUGAGCACACGCAGAACGUUCCACUGUCGGUCACCUUGGCGACGAGCCCGGCGCAGUUCCCCAGUCCGGACGGCUCGGACAAGAUCGCCUGCUACGGCUUCGGCAGCUGCCCGCACUUCCUGGCGGCUGCCACCAAGAGGGGCAAGAUCUGCAUAUGGGACGUGUCCAAGCUCAUGAAGGUGCACUUGAAGUUUGAGAUCAACCCGUACGACCCGGUGAUCCUGCGGCAGCUCUUCCUGUCGAGCGGAGAGCAGGGCCUGGGGAGCGAGUCCACCGAGUCGCGGCGGCCCACGCUGGCCUGGCUGGAGGACACGUCCAGCUGCUCAGACCUGCCAAAGCUGGAGGGGGACAGUGACGACCAGUUGGAGGACUCGGACAGCGAAGAGCAUUCCAGAUCAGAGUCCGUCACAGGUCACCCGUGUCAGAAGGAGAACCUGGAGGUGAGCCUGGGCGUGACGGCGCUUAGCGUGCUGCAGCAGCCGGAGAAGCUGCAGUGGGAGGUGGUGGCCAGCGUCCUGGAGGACACCGUCAAGGACCUGGAGGAGCUGGGGGCCAACCCGGCGCUGGCCCAGGCCAAGGCCGACAACAAGGCCAAGGACAAGCCGUCGGCCGCCGAGCAGCACAACAUUCCCUUCCCCUGCCUGCUGACGGGCGGCCUGCUCAGCUACCGCUCGGCCGCCAGCUCGCCCCUCGCCGGGGGACCACCGCCGCCGCCACCGUCCCUCGCCCCGACCUUGACCCCGACCCGGGGCCGACCCCCACCAUCCUCUUCCUCCUCUUCCUCCUCAACAUUGGUGGGGGUCCCUGACGGACCUUUGUUAAGGACUCAGGCCCCUGAGGUCACCCCCAAUACGCCGAUCGUGGUGGUGGGGACCCCCGACCAAGGCCCCAUGGAGAUCGAGUCGUGUCCCCCGCCCCCGGUUGUUGUCCCCCCCGAGCUGGUGGCCUCGCCCGGUGGCGGCGGCCUGCCCGUCUCGGCCAUCCGCCGGACUAUCCCCGUGCUGCUGCUGUACAGCAUCAAAGAGGCGGACGAGAAGGCGAGCGGCAGCGGCAAGGUGUUCGCCCAGAUGAACAGCCUGAUGGGUAAGAGCCUGCACGAGGAGGGCUUCACCGUGCCGCAGAUCAUCGAGAUGGAGUUCGACUCGCACGAGCAGCUGCUGCUCCAGGACCCGCCCAUCACCUACAUCCAGCAGUUCGCCGACGCCACGGCCGGCCUGGGCAGCGGCACCGGCAGCGGCAGCGGCACCGGCAACAACGCCUCCGUCACGGACCCCGGGCCCGAGAAGUGGGGCUCCAUGGCGGCCCCGCGGCCCGGCGCCCUGGUCCAGUGCCUGCGGCUCCCCAAGGAGCUGGAGGAGGAGAACCUGUACGUGGACUCCAUCACGCCCUGCAGCGACGGCCUGCACCUGCUGGUGGGCCUGCAGCCCUGCUCCGUCGAGUCGCUCAGCGCCAUCAACCAGGUGGAGGCGCUCAACAACCUCAACCGGCUGCAUUCCGCGCUUUGUAGCCGUGGCAAUAGCCGCAACAAGGACGACCUGCACCACCACCACCACCACCACCACCCGGCCCUCGUGCCCACGAUGGCCAAUGGCAUCGAGGGCGGUCACGGUGCUCUCCCGCUACCGGGCACCUCUCCGCCUCAGCAGACGCCCCUCAUCCUGCCGCCCGACCAGCAGCCGCUGCUGCAGCCCCCACUGUCCCCACAGCAGACCCCGACGUCGCCCUCGUCGCGUGGGGUGUUUGGGGGUGUUAGCACGGGCGGUAACAACAACAACAGCAGUGGUGGCGGCGGCUACUUGGUUCUCUACAAGCUGAACUACUCGACGCGCAUCGUGACCCUGGAGGAGGAGCCCGUGAGGGUGCAGCACAUCCGGGAGCCGCGCGACGCCGUCACCUCGCUCAUCCUGCUGCCCGCCGACGUGCUGGACGGCCGCGAGGAGGACGGCGAGGACGCCUCGGACGACACGCCGCCGGGGCUCAAGAACGGGCCCGUUUCCGCUUCGUCUGGGCCAAACAUGGCCGCCGGUGGCAGUAGCGGUGGUGUCGGCGGCAGCAGCACGGCCGCGGGGGUUAUGGCGGCAUCCACAGGGCACGGCCCCAGUGCCUCCUCCCCGCUUGCGGCGGGGAUGGCGGCGUCCACGGCCAAGGAGAAGCUGGUGGUGACGACGCAGGCGGGAUACAUCAUGGUGCUGGACCUGGCCACGCUGGAGGUGCUGGCCAAGGUGGAGCCGCCCGUUAAGGAGAGCGGCGACGAGGUCGACCCCUUUGUCUCCGUCACCUACUGCUCGGGGACCGACCGGCUGUGUGCUUGCACUAAAGGUGGAGAACUUCAUUUCCUUCAAAUUGGAGGUGUGUUUGACGAUAUAGAUGAUGCCGACAUUUUUGUCGACGGGCCCCUUUCCAAAGGGGUCGACCAGCUGUUUGAAGGGACGAAGCCGUCCUCGAACCCCUCAAGCCCAGGGAUCACAGCGGGAGUGGACCUUCUGGUGGACCAAGCGCUGGGCGUGGAGGUGUUGUCGUCGCUGGUGGAGCUGACGCGGUUCGAGACGCUGACGCCGCGCUUCUCGGCCACGGUGCCGCCGUGCUGGGUGGAGGUUCAGCAGGAGCAGCAGCAGCGACGGCACCCCCAGCACCUGCACCAGCAGCACCAUGGAGACGCGGCUCAGCACACACGCACCUGGAAGCUGCAGAGCGACAGCUCGAGCUGGGACGAGCACGUGUUUGAGCUGGUGCUGCCCAAGGCCUGCAUGGUGGGCCACGUGGACUUCAAGUUUGUGAUGAACGCCAACAUUACCAACAUUCCCCAGAUCCAGGUCACCCUGCUGAAGAACAAGGCCCCGGGACUGGGCAAGGUCAACGAGACGGCUGUGGACAGGCAGAUCACCUUCCCCCUGUCCCAGGCCCUGCACACCAACGGAGAGAGGAACGGCCAGCCUCUGCUGCACGACUUCACAGAGGACAUCCAGUUCAUGGACAUUGAGGAGUCGCCAGGUUCAAGGCUGUGUCCGUUUCUAGAGGACCAUAAGGAGGAUAUCCUCUGUGGGCCUGUGUGGCUGGCCAGUGGCCUGGACCUCUCCGGCCACGCGGGCAUGCUGAGCCUAACGAGCCCCAAGCUAGUCAAAGGUAUGGCCGGGGGAAAGUACCGCUCGUUCCUGGUGCACAUCAAGGCGGUGAGCGAUAAGGGCAUGGAGGAGAGCCCUCGGCCCGUGGUGCGGAUGCCCUCCAAGCCCCAGAGCAGCAAGGCCCAGUCCCUCUCCUCCCUGCUGCAGAGAGCACAGGCCACCAAGGAGAAAGCAUCGACAUCUAAGGUGGAGCCUCCGACGGCAUCUAAGAAACCGGAUAACCUGCGAGGCUGUGACUUGCUUCAGGAGGUGUCCAUUACAAUCAGGAGGUUCAAGAAGACCUCCAUCCCCAAAGAAAGAAUCCAGCGCUGUUCCAUGCUGCAGUUCCCAGAGUUCCACGAGAGGCUCCUCAACGGGCUGUGCAAGCGCACGGAGGAGACGGACAGCACUGAGCACGGCCAGAGCCUCAUCCUGGACAUCCUCUGCUGGCUGGCGGGGGUCUACUCCAACGGAUCCUGCAGUCCCAGGGAGGGGAAAGAGGGCCUCCUCAUCAAGACCAGGAAACGGCUCACAGACAUGGUGCGCGUCUGCUUCUUCCAGGCAGGCCGGAGCAUAGCCCACAAAUGCGCACGUUUUCUUGCACUUUGUAUUAGUAAUGGUAAAGGGGACCCCGGGCAGCAGGGUUUUGGCAUGGCUCUGUUGAAGGCGCUGCUGGAGAAUAUGCCUUACUUACCUGCAGCAGCUACUGGGGGCGCAGUGUUCUGGUACUUUGUGCUCCUGAACUACGUAAAGGAUGAGGACCUGGCCGGCUGCAGCACGGCGUGUGCCUCCUUGCUCACGGCCGUCUCCCGCCAGCUGCAGGACCGCCUCACCCCUCUGGAGGCCCUGCUGCAGACCCGGUAUGGGCUAUACAGUUCGCCCUUUGACCCGGUGCUGUUCGACCUGGAGGUGAGCGGCUCGUCCUGUAAGAACGCCUUCAACAGCGGCAUCGGAGUGCAGUCUGAUGAGAUCGACCUCUCAGACAUCCUCUCAGGGAACGGUAAGGUCAGUAACUGUGCGGCGGCGGAGGGCAGCUUCACGGCCCUGACAGGUCUUCUGGAGGUGGAGCCUCUGCACUUCACCUGCGUCUCCACCAGCGACGGAACCAGGGUGGAGAGGGACGACGCCAGCAUGUUCACGGUAAGCACGUUUGGAGUGACUCCCGCGGUGGGCGGUUUGUCAGCGGGGUCGGUGGGCGAGGCGUCGACGGCUCUGAGCUCGGCGGCGCAGGUGGCUCUGCAGUCGCUGUCCCACGCCAUGGUGUCCGCAGAGCAGCAGCUGCAGGUCCUGCAGGAGAAACAGCAGCAGCUACUCAAACUGCAGCAGCAGAAAGCCAAACUGGAGGCCAAGCUGCACCAGACAACCUCAGCAGCGGCGGCGGCAGCAGCCUCGGGCGUGGGCCCCAUCCACAACUCUGUGCCUUCCAACCCCUCUGCCUCUGGCUCGGCCUCCGCAUCCAGCGCACCGGGCUUCUUCAUCCACCCCUCCGACGUCAUCCCGCCCACGCCAAAGACCACGCCCCUCUUCAUGACGCCGCCCCUGACUCCGCCCAACGAGGCGGUGUCGGCGGCCAUCAGUGUGGAGCUGGCCCAGCUGUUCCCGGGCUCCAUCAUGGACCCGCCCGCCGUCAACCUGGCCGCGCACAACAAGAACUCGCACAAGCCCAAGCCGGUCAGUCACGCACAGAACCCUAUGGGCAGUGGUCUGGCCUUGGCCCUCUCUCAGGCCUCCCACUUCCUGCAGCCCCCUCCACACCAGUCCAUCAUCAUCGAACGCAUGCACUCAGGUGCUCGGAGGUUUGUGACGCUGGACUUCGGGCGGCCGGUGCUGCUGACUGACGCGCUGAUCCCCACGUGUGCCGACCUGGCGUCGCUGUCCAUCGACAUCUGGACGCUUGGCGAGGAGGUGGACGGGCGCCGCCUGGUGGUGGCUACCGACAUCGCAACGCACUCCCUCAUUCUGCACGACCUGCUGCCACCACCCGUAUGCCGUUUCAUGAAGAUCACUGUGAUUGGCCGCUACGGCAGCACCAAUGCGCGGGCUAAGAUCCCGCUGGGCUUCUACUACGGCCACACCUACAUCCUGCCGUGGGAGAGCGAGCUCAAGCUGAUGCACGACCCGCUGAGGGGCGAGAGCGAGGCCGCAAGCCAGCCGGACGUGGACCAGCACCUGGCCAUGAUGGUGGCCCUACAGGAAGAUAUACAGUGCAGGUACAACCUGGCGUGCCAUCGCCUGGAGACACUGCUGCAGAGCAUCGACCUGCCGCCACUGAACAGCGCCAACAACGCGCAGUACUUCCUGCGCAAGCCCGACAAGGCGGUGGAAGAGGACCAGCGCGUCUUCUCUGCCUAUCAGGACUGCGUGCAGCUGCAGCUGCAGCUCAACCUGGCGCACCACGCCGUGCAGAGGCUCCGUGUCUCGCUGGGCGCCAGCCGCAAGCCGCUGCCCGACGCCGCCUACGCCUCUUACGCCUACGACGCCCGCGAGCUCGUCCACAGCUCCUCCACGGAGCAGCUGCGCACUGUCAUCCGCUACCUGCUGGACACGCUGCUCAGCCUGCUGCACACCAACAACGGUCACUCGGUGCCGUCGGUUCUCCAGAGCACGUUCCACGCGCAGGCGUGCGAGGAGCUGUUCAAGCACCUGUGCAUCAGCGGCACGCCCAAGAUCCGUCUGCACACGGGGCUGCUGCUGGUGCAGCUGUGCGGCGGUGAGCGCUGGUGGGGCCAGUUCCUCUCCAACGUGCUGCAGGAGCUCUACAACUCAGAACAGCUGCUCAUCUUUCCCCAGGACAGGGUCUUCAUGCUGCUGUCCUGUAUCGGCCAAAGAUCUCUGAGCAACAGUGGUGUGCUGGAGGGGCUGCUGAACCUGCUGGACUCCCUGCUCUCCCCCCUGCAGCAGUCACACAGCCUGCAGGCACGACGCACAGAAGGAGUGCUGGACAUCCCGAUGAUCAGCUGGGUGGUGAUGCUGGUGUCUCGGCUGCUGGACUACGUGGCCAGUGUGGAGGACGAGGCCAGCGCCUCCAAGAAGCAGCUGGGAGGGAAGGACCGCGACCGCUCCUUCACAGGAAACCAGUGGAGCUUCAUCAACAACAGCCUUCAGUCCCAGAACAUGAGCAGAUCAACCAAAGGCAACAGCAGCUUAGACCGCCUGUACUCCCGCAAGGUCCGCAAACAGCUGGUCCACACCAAACAGCAGUUAAAUUUAUUGAAAGCCAAACAGAAAGCUUUGAUGGAGCAAAUCGAGAAGGAGAAGAUCCAGAGCAACAAGAGCUCAUCGUACAAGCUCCUCGUGGAGCACGCCAAGCUCAAGCAAGCCACGUCUAAGCACUUUAAGGACCUGAUCCGGCUGCGGCGGACGGCCGAGUGGCCGCGGUCGUCGUUGGAUACGGAGGCGUCGGCGAGCGGGGCGGCCAAGGAGGCUCCCGAGGUGGAGCUGCUGCCCUUCACGCUGGCGCACGAGCGCUGCAUCUCCGUAGUGCAGAAGCUGGCCCUCUUCCUGCUCUCCAUGGACUUCACCUGCCACGCAGACCUGCUGCUCUUCGUCUGCAAGGUGUUGGCGAGGAUAGCUAACGCCACGCGACCCACUAUCCACCUGUGCGAGGUGGUGUCUGAGCAGCAGCUGGAGCGGCUCCUCCUCCUGCUGGUGGGCACGGACUUCAACCGCGGGGACAUCUCCUGGGGGGGCGCCUGGGCACAGUACUCCCUCACCUGCAUGCUGCAGGACAUCCUGGCAGGAGAGCUGCUGUCUCCGGCGUCCCUGGACGGCAUGGACGAGGGGGCGUCCCUGGGGGAGGAGGCGGGGGCGGCCGCGGCGGUGGCGGCGUGCGCGGUGGCGUCCGCCCUGGCCGAGCCCGAGGAGGCCCUGGCCCAGCCCUCGCCCCUGCCCCUGGUGGAGAGCAUCGACGAGACCCUGCCGCCCGAUAUCAUCGCAGGUACUCCCGGGACAUCCUCCUCCUCGGUUUUCCAAAGUGCUCCACCUCUAUCAUCUUUGGAAAAAGAUAAAGACAUAGACUUUGACUUGCUACAAGACCUCAUGGAUGUUGAUAUUGAUCCUUUAGAUAUUGAUUUGGAAAAAGACCCCCUCGCCGCCAAAGUUUUUAAGCCAAUCGGCAGCACCUGGUAUGACUACUGGGGCGCCGACUAUGGCACGUAUAAUUAUAAUGCCUAUGUAGGGGGCGCAGGCAUACCUGUGUCCAAGCCCCCGGCUGCCCAAGAGAAGCCCGGGGCUCAAAGCCUGUCCGUGUCCGUAUCGCAAGCUCUGGAUGCUCGGCUGGAGGUGGGUCUGGAGCAGCAGGCCGAGCUCAUGCUGAAGAUGAUGGCCACCCUGGAGGCAGACUCCAUACUGCAGGCCCUCACCUCCACAUCACCUGCUGUGGUCCAGUCGUCCAAUGGGACGGAUGAUUCUCUGCUGCGGGGUCUGCAUGGCUCCAGUUCGCCCCCUGGUGGCAGCAGCAGCAGCAGCAGCCUGGUGGUGCAGCCCUCCUCCAUCCCCAUGCUGAGUGCCUGCUUCAACAAGCUCUUCUCCAUGCUGCAGGUGCACCACGUACAGCUUGAGUCUCUGUUGCAGCUGUGGCUGACCCUCAGCCUGAACUCGUGUCCAGGCAGUGCGGACGACGGCGGCUCCGACAUCUUUCUCUUCAACGCCAGCCGGGUGCCCACCAUUCCCCUCAACCAAGCCUCCAUCAGUAGUUUCCUGACGGUGCUGGCCUGGUACCCCAACACCUCCCUGAGGACCUGGUGCCUGGUGCUGCACAGCCUCACCCUCAUGACCAACAUGCCCUCCUCCAGUGCCUCCGCCUCCAGUAGUGGUCUGGGCGGGCAUGAGAGCACGGCCCAGCAGAUGGUGUCAGAGCUGACGCUGGUCCCCGUCCUCGUGCGCUUCCUCUCGGGGAGCAACCCUCACGGCACCAGCCAGCACAGCUCCCAGGUGGGGCCCACUGCAACCCAAGCUAUGCAAGAGUUCCUCACCAGGCUCCAAGUGCACCUCUCCUCCACAUGCCCCCAGCUGUUCAGCGAAUUCCUGCUCGAGCUUAUGCACAUUCUAUCCAUGGAGAGGGGUCCGUUGCUGUCGGGCCAGGGUCCGCUGGACGCGCAGGUGAAGCUGCUUGAGUUCACGCUGGAGCAGAGCUUUGAGACCGUGUCGGUGGGCACCAUCAUGGCCGUGGUGGAGUCCAUCACCUUCCUGGUCCACCACUACAUCACCUGCUCAGACAAGGUGGUGUCACGCAGCGGCUCUGACAGCUCGGUGGGGGCGCGCGCCUGUUUCGGAGGCCUCUUCGCCAACAUCAUCCGGCCGGGCGACGCCAAGGCGGUGUGCGGAGAGACCACGCGCGACCAGCUGAUGUUCAACCUCCUCAAGCUCGUCAACACGCUCGUCAAGCUGCCCCUCACCGCAGACGGGAAGUUCAGCGGACGCGUGCCGCCGCCCGGCAACGGAUCCAGCGACAGCGUCUCAGAUGAGGAGAAGGUGUGUGGCAGUAAGGAGGGUCCCGGCCAGGGAGGGGCGACUCCCCACCAGGGCCCCGCUGUCGGGGUGGCAGACCUGGUGCUAGGCAACCAGCAGGUCAUGAGCCAGAUCCUUUCCGCUCUCGGCCAAUGCAACAGCAGCGCCAUGGCCAUGAUCAUAGGAGCCAGCGGUCUGCACCUGACCAAACAUGAGAACUUCCACGGCGGCCUGGACGCCAUCUCGGUGGGUGACGGCCUGUUCACCAUCCUGACCACGCUGAGCAAGAGGGCCACCUCCGUACAGGUCAUGCUGCAGCCCAUCCUCACCUACAUGGCCUGCGGAUACAUGGGCCGACAGGGAUCUCUAUCCACGUGCCAGCUAUCAGAGCCCCUCCUCUGGUUCAUCCUGAGGGUUCUGGACACCAGCGAAGCACUCAAGGCCUUUCACGAUAUGGGUGGCGUUCAGCUGAUCUGCAACAACAUGGUGACGAGUACGCGUGCGAUCGUGAACACGGCGCGCAGCAUGGUGUCCACCAUCAUGAAGUUCCUGGACUCGGGCCCCGGCAAGGCGGCCGACGGCAGCCUCAAGGCCCGCGUGCUGGCCUCCGAGCCCGACAACGCCGAGGGCCUGCACAACUUCGCACCACUCGGCACCAUAACGUCCAGCAGCCCCACCGCCCAGCCGGCCGAGGUGCUGCUCCAGGCCACGCCCCCUCACCGUCGUGCUCGCUCGGCCGCCUGGUCCUACAUCUUCCUCCCCGAGGAGGCGUGGUGCGACCUCACCAUCCACCUGCCCGCCGCCGUGCUGCUCAAGGAGGUGCACAUCCAGCCACACCUGGCAUCCCUCGCCACCUGCCCGUCGUCUGUUUCCGUGGAGAUCAGUGCGGACGGCGUCAACAUGCUGCCGUUGUCGACGCCGGUCAUCACCAGCGGGCUGACCUACAUCAAGAUCCAGCUGGUCAAGGCCGAGGUGGCGUCGGCCGUGUGUCUGCGGCUGCACCGGCCGCGCGACGCCAGCACCCUGGGCCUCUCCCAGAUCAAGCUGCUGGGCCUCACCGCCUUUGGGAACACCUCCUCAGCCACCGUCAACAACCCCUUCCUGCCCUCCGAGGACCAGGUCUCCAAGACCAGUAUCGGUUGGCUGCGCCUGCUGCACCACUGCCUGACCCACGUGAGCGACCUGGAGGCCGUGAUGGCGUCGGCCGCGGCCCCGACGGCCAACCUGCUGCAGACGUGCGCGGCGCUGCUCAUGUCCCCCUACUGCGGCAUGCACUCCCCCAACAUCGAGGCUGUGCUCGUCAAGAUCGGCCUGCAGUCCACCGCCAUCGGCCUGCGACUCAUCGACAUUCUGCUGCGAAACUGUGCCGCAUCCGGCACCGACCCCAACAAUCUGAACAGCCCCCUGCUCUUUGGGAGGCUCAACGGCCUCUCCUCCGACUCCACCAUCGACAUCCUCUACCAGCUCGGCACCACUCAGGACCCCGGCACCAAAGACAGAGUCCAGGCUCUUCUGCAGUGGGUGCACGACUCUGCGCGCGUGGCGGCCAUGAAGCGGAGCGCCCCCCUGGGCUACAUGGGCCCCAGUGCCACCUCCCCGCGCGAGUACGGCCUGCUCAUGCCCUCGCCGUCACACCUGCACUGCGUGGCGGCCAUCUUGUGGCACAGCUACGAGCUGCCCGUGGACUACGACCUCCCAGCACUGCUCAACCGAGAGCUCUUCGAGCUGCUGUACAACUGGUCCAUGUCGCUGGCGUGCAACCUGGUGUUGAAGAAGGCGGUGGACAGCCUGCUGUGCUCCAUGUGCCACGUGCACCCCAGCUACUUCUCCCUCCUCAUGUCCUGGAUGGGCAUCGUCCCCUCCGCCACCGUCUCCGCCGUCGCCGCCAUGGCCUCCGCCCAGUCGCAGGCGCGCCACCGCCUCUCGCUCACCGACGACGGCAAGAAGCAGCACGACGCGGCCGCGGCCACCGCCGCCGCCGCAAACUCCGCGUCAGCCGGCGGCGGCGGCGCCUCCGGAGGUCUGACGGACGACUCGAAGCACGCGCGCUCCCCGCCCCCGCUGUCGGAGUCCCAGCUGGCGACUCUGGCCGCCGCCUCCCAGUCCCCCGGGGCCAUACAGCAGCUGCUGGACUCGGGCCUGCCCUCGCUACUGGUGCGCAGCCUGGCUGCCUUGUGCUGUAGCCUGCUGGCCAGCGCUGACCUCCCCUUGCCCGGCGGUGCUACGGUUCCUCCGACCUCCACGCCCGCGUCUGCAUCCGCUCCUUCCUCUUCCUCCUCCUCCUCCUCCCCGCCUUCGUCCUCUGCGGCGUCGACGUCCUCGUCGCCAGCUGAGAGGCGGCACCAUCAUCUUCAUCAUCACCAGUCACAGUCACAUCAUCAUCAUCACCACAGCCAUCACAGCCACAGCAGCAGUAGCUACCACAGCAUGCCUUCCACCUCCUCCUCUUCCUCACCCCCCUCAUCAUCAUCCUCGUCGUCAUUCUCGUGCCCCCCACCUCCUCCUCCUCCUCCGGUCAACAGAGCCACCCUCUCCCCGGAGCUGGCGGCGCCCGUGCUGCGCUUCCUCACCGAGGUGGGCAACAGCCACGCCAUGAAGGACUGGCUGGGCGGGCCCGAGGUCAACCCGCUCUGGACCGCACUGCUCUUCCUGCUCUGCCACUCCAGCGCCAGCGCCGGGACCAGCGCCACCACGAGCCCAACGACCAACACCACCAACAACACCACCAAUACGACCAACACCAACACCGCAACAACCAGCAAUGGCAGCACCAGCAACGGGCAGGUGGCGGCGGCAGCAUCAGCAUCAGCAUCAGCAUCCGGCAUGGGGGCCUCCGCCUCCUCCCCCUGCUCCUCUCCCUUGUCCACAUCCCCGGCCGGAGCCAGCGCAGCCGCUGGUCCGUCUUCAUCCAUGAGUGGGUCCUCCAUCGCCGGCCCCUCCACAGCCCCUCUGCUGCCUCCUCCUCCGCCACCUCUGGCCUACUCCAGUAGUGCGUCAGCCUCAGCGACGGCGGCGGCGAUGGGGACAUCAACUGCGGCGGCGUCAGGGUCGCGCUACUCUCUGGGCUCAGGGGGCCGCGCGGGGGGCCUGACCACGCAGCAGCGCACCAGCCUGGAGAACGCCACCGUGGCCUUCUUCCUGCAGUGCAUCUCCUGCCACCCCAACAACCAGCGCCUCAUGGCUCAGGUCCUGUGUGAGUUGUUCCAGUCUGCUCCUCAGCGGGGGAAUGUGCCCAUAUCUGGCAACAUCUCUGGCUUCAUCCGCAGGCUCUUCCUGCAGCUCAUGCUGGAGGACGAGAAGGUUACGGUCUUCCUGCAGUCCCCCUGUCCGCUGUACAAGGGUCGCAUCAACGCCACAAGUCAUGUGAUCCAGCAUCCCAUGUACGGAGCGGGCCACAAGUACCGCACCCUCCACCUGCCCAUCUCCACCACUCUGGCCGACGUCCUGGACCGGGUCUCAGACACUCCGAGCAUCACGGCUAAGCUGAUGAGUGAGCAGAAGGAGGACAAGGAGAAGAAGAACCACGAGGAGAAGGAGAAGAUGAAGGCUGACAACGGUUUCCAGGACAACUACAGUGUUGUCGUCGCUUCCGGCCUGAAGUCUCAGUCCAAGAGGGCCCUGUCCACGCCCCCCAGGCCCCCGUCUCGGCGGGGCAGAGUGAUGAGUGACAAGCUGUCGGCCUCGUCCGGAGUCGACCCCGCUGCCAAAACUGUCAGUGUGCCUGUCUUCCACCUCUACCACAAGCUGCUGCCAGGUCAGCCCCUGCCUGGGGAGAUGACCCUGGCCCAGCUGCUGACCCUGCUGUACGACCGCAAGCUGCCGCAGGGCUACCGCUCCAUCGACAUGACCGUGAAGCUGGGCUCCAAGCUCAGCAGCGACCCCGGCCUCUCCAAGACCGACUCCUUCAAGCGCCUACGCACAGAGAAAGAGCAUGGUGAGAUGCUGAGCAGCUGUCCCGAGGACGAGCCCAUGACGCCGGGUGACGAGUGUCUGGAGGCGGCCAUUGACGAGUCCCUCCUGGAGACCAACCCCAUCCAGUCGCCGCUGCAGGUCUUCGCAGGCAUGGGCGGCCUCGCUCUCAUCGCAGAGAGGCUGCCCAUGCUCUACCCCGACGUCAUCCAACAGGUGAGCGCCCCCGUGGUGGCCUCCAGCAGCCAGGAGAAGCCCAAGGACAGCGACCAGUUCGAGUGGGUGACCAUCGAGCAGUCGGGUGAGCUGGUGUACGAGGCGCCCGAGAACAUCGCGGCCGAGCCGCCGCCCAUCAAGUCUCCGGUGCAGACCAUGUCGCCCAUCCCCGCCCACUCGCUGGCCGCCUUCGGCCUCUUCCUGCGCCUGCCCGGCUACGCCGAGGUGCUGCUCAAGGAGCGCAAGCACGCGCAGUGCCUGCUGAGACUCGUGCUGGGCGUCACGGACGACGGGGAGGGCAGUCACAUCCUGCAGUCUCCGUCGGCCAAUGUGCUGCCCACGUUGCCGUUCCACGUGCUGCGCGCCCUCUUCAGCUCCACGCCGCUCACCACGGACGACGGGCUGCUGCUGCGCCGCAUCGCCCUGGAGAUCGGGGCCAUACACCUCAUCCUGGCCUGCCUGUCCGCCCUCAGCCACCACGCGCCGCGCGUGCCCUCCACCAACGGGAACCAGAACGAGCCGCAGGUGGUGACGGGUCACGGUGCUGGUACCAGUGAGGAGCAGCAGCUCUACUGGGCCAAGGGCACGGGCUUCGGCACCGGCUCUACCGCGUCCGGCUGGGACGUGGAGCAGGCCCUCACCAAGCAGCGCCUGGAGGAGGAGCACGUCACAUGCCUACUGCAGGUGCUGGCGAGCUACAUUAACCCGGCGGGGUGCGUGGGUCACGGCGAGGCCCCCAGUAGUGAGAGUCGGGGCCAAAACAGCGCGGCGCUUCCCUCCGUGCUGCAGGAGCUGCUCAGCCAAUCAUGCCUCAUCCCCGCCAUGUCCUCGUACCUGCGCAACGACUCCGUUCUGGACAUGGCUCGCCACGUGCCGCUGUACCGGGCGCUGUUGGAGCUGCUGAGGGCCAUCUCCAGCUGCACCUCGCUGGUGCCGCUGCUGCUGCCGCUGUCGGGCGACCCGGCGCAGGAGGAAGAGGAGGAGGAGGAGCGCUCCGAGAGCCAGACCUCCGUGGGCAUGUUGCUGGCCAAGAUGAAGACCUGCGUAGACACAUACACCAACCGCCUCAGGUCUAAGAAGGACAAGAGUAAAGGGGUGGUGAAGGCUGAGCCAUCGGACCCGGAGCCCGAGGGCCUGACGCUGCUGGUGCCCGACAUCCAGAGGACGGCCGAGAUCGUCUACGCCGCCACCACCAGCCUCAGACAGGCCAACCAAGAAAAGAAGCUGGCUGAGUCGUCUAAGAAGGCGUCCACCAGGCCUAAGCCCCUGUCCGUGCUGCGUUCCCUGGAGGAGAAGUAUGUGGCGGCCAUGAAGAAACUCCAGUUUGAUACGUUUGAGAUGGUGUCUGAGGACGAGGACGGCAAGCUGGUGUUCAAGGUGAACUACCACUACAUGACUCAGGUGAAGAAUGCCAGCGAUGCCAACAGUGCGGCGCGGGCCCGCCGGCUGGCCCAGGAGGCCGUCACCCUCUCCACCUCGCUGCCCCUCUCCUCCUCCUCCUCCGUCUUCGUGCGCUGCGAUGAGGAGCGCCUCGACAUCAUGAAGGUGCUGAUCACCGGUCCGGCAGACACCCCAUAUGCAAACGGCUGCUUUGAGUUUGACGUGUACUUCCCCCAGGACUACCCCAACUCCCCCCCUCUCGUCAACCUGGAGACCACCGGGGGGCACAGCGUACGCUUCAACCCCAACCUCUACAACGACGGCAAAGUGUGUUUAAGCAUCCUUAACACCUGGCACGGUCGACCAGAGGAGAAAUGGAACCCACAAACCUCUAGCUUUUUACAGGUGCUAGUGUCGGUGCAGUCCCUGAUCCUGGUGUCGGAGCCGUACUUUAACGAGCCGGGCUACGAGCGCUCCAGGGGCACGCCCAGCGGCACGCAGAGCUCGCGCGAGUACGACGGGAACAUCCGGCAAGCCAGCGUCAAGUGGGCCAUGCUGGAACAGAUGAGGAACCCCUCGCCAUGCUUCAAGGAGGUGAUCCAUAAGCACUUCUACCUGAAGAGGGCCGAGAUCAUGGGCCAGUGUGAGGAGUGGAUCACGGACAUCCAGCAGUACAGCAGCGACAAGAGGGUGGGCCGCACCAUGUCACACCACGCAGCAGCACUCAAGAGGCAUACGGCCCAGUUGCGUGAGGAGCUGCUGAAGCUGCCCUGUCCAGAGGGCCUGGAGCCCGACGGGGAGGACUUCUCGGACAAGAGCUCCGCCCUCCUGGUCAAGGAGCUGCCCAAUCAGGACGCGGAGAAGCCGGGCGGCAGCCAGGACGCUCACUGCAGCGAGGGACAGCUAUGAGGCCCCCCCCACCCCCACCAAACAAACAAAACAAAUUGCCUCUUCCGUUGCCCCCCCGAGCCCCUCUCCUCUCCUCGCCACCCCUAGGCCCACCCCCCUCUUCCUCAUCCUUACCCUCCUCAUAACUAUUACCAUUGAUAUUAAAAAAGACUGGUCAUGGCUGUAAAGGCCUGGAUUUUGUCAAUAUUUGUAUGUAAGAAUCUAAUUAUGUAAUAGCUGGGAAAAAAAGAAGAAAAAAUGAAAAACACAACACAAAACAAAGGACGAGCUGCAAGGCAAAGCAAGCUGAGACCAGCGGACGGAAAAAAAGAAAACACCCAAACUGCUUCUAAACUCCCCUCCUCUCCCUUCCAAGGAGAAGACCGGACUGUUGCUUCAUAACGCCCAUGAAAGAAAAGAGAGAAAAAAACACAAGACGCCCCAAACAACAAGCUUUUAUUUACGUGUAAAAGAGUGUAAAACUUUUAUGUUCUUCUUUUUUUGUUUGUUUGUUUUUCUGAUUUUUUUCUUGCUCUUUUUUCAAUUGUGAAAUAACCACUGCUGACUGGUAUGUUAUUAAAGUUGUUGUAUACAUAAUGACAGAGGAAAUCAGAGUAUAUGAGGGAACUACCUUUAGAUGAGAAUGUUUACUGAAUGUUUAUUUCCAUUUGUUUUAUCGUUUUUUCUUUCCCUUUUUUUGUUUUGUUUUGUUUUCCUGACUGUUAGCAAGGGUGGUUACCAAGGAAUAUAUUGGUCAUUUGCUAUACUAUUUAAAAAAAAAAGACAGAGAGAGAGAGUGUGAACGAUGGAUAUAAAAAAAAAACACACACACACACACAUCCUAAACACCCGCCCUGCUCCCCCCUCGCUAAAAUUUGAGGAAACUUCUGAUUUCCCCCAUCGAUACAUCGCAUAUUUGGUUUCUACAGACAAACCUGUAAACUUCAAUAAAGGCUGAAAUGGAUAUUCUUAA